AUGACUGUUCCACAACCCCAUCUUCUGGCCCCCGUCGUCACGGCUCUGCCGGAACUCCCACCAGAUGACUUCUUCAGUCCAGCUCAGUGGAGUGUCUUCUUCGCUCUCGUGGACGGCGCUGUCCCCUCCAUCACCUCAAAGUCAGCCGCCACCGAUGACCAAGGCCAGAUCCAACUCUCUGACGAUGAGUUCGACGACACCGUCAACCGGGCUCUCGAGCCCCUCGCGGCCCCAGCCACUGGGGACAAUAUCCGCGCGUUCCUCGAGGAUCGCCCAAUCAUGGAUCCCCGCUUCAAGGAGAACCUCCUGAGGACAUUAGCCCUCAGCCCGCCGAGCCAGCAGAGGCGAUUGGGUGGACUGUUGACUUUGAUGGCCACCCGCCCUAGUAGCUACUUCAUAACUGGCUACUGGCAGCCCAUAUUCAACCAGCCAGCUUACGUCCGCGAAGCCAUCCUCAAGUCUUGGGCCACAUCAAGCCGUGACAUAUGGAGGACCUUGGCAAAAAUCUUUUCUACCCUGGCUCUCAAGUCCAUUUGUCAGACUAACCCCAUCUUUCGUCAGAUAUCCGGCUACUCGGAUACGCCCAAAGAUUGGAAGCCCAAACCAGGCUUUAAAUACAGUUUUCUCCAACUCGAGGCGGCCGACGACCCUCAUGUCAUUGAGACGGACGUCGUCAUCGUCGGCUCUGGCUGCGGCGGAGGCGUUUCUGCCAAGAACCUCGCAGAAGCCGGUCACAGGGUCCUAGUCGUCGACAAGGCAUACCACUUUGAGCCAUCACAUCUCCCCAUGCCCCAGGAUGCCGCGAGCACUCACCUCUUUGAUAACGGUGGCUUCUACAUCACGGACGACAACGGGUGCAACGUAGCGGCUGGCAGCACAUGGGGUGGAGGAGGCACCGUCAACUGGAGCGUGUGUCUAAAGCCUCAGGAUUUCGUAAGGAGGGAGUGGGCGGAUUCAGGCCUUCCUUUCUUCACAUCGAGCGCCUUCGACGAGUGUCUAGACCGCGUAUGGGGGUUUCAGGGAGCGGGCACUGAUAGUCUCCGUCACAAUCACCGCAACCGUGUCCUCCUCAGCGGCUCCAAGAAGCUUGGGUGGACGGCACAUCCGGCGCCCCAGAACACGGCUGAAAAGGAGCAUUAUUGUGGCCAGUGUCACUUGGGCUGCGGCCUAGCCGAGAAGCGAGGGCCUGCUACGAGUUGGUUGCCAGAUGCUGCAAAGGCCGGUGCUCAGUUCAUGGAGGGAUUUCAGGUGGACAAGGUGCUGUUUGGUCCAGAUGGACAGAGUGCCACGGGCGUCGAGGGAGAAUGGGUAUCGAGGGAUGCCGGUAAAGGUGACAGUGACAGAGUGAAGCGGCGAGUAGUGGUUAAGGCCAAGAAGGUGAUCCUUGCGGCAGGCUCAUUAUGGAGUCCGCUGGUGUUGAUGAAGAGCGGGAUUAAUAACCAACACCUGGGAGCUAAUCUACACCUCCAUCCUUGCAACUUCGUCUCAGCAGUGUACAGGGAGGAGGUGCGGCCCUGGGAGGGGGGCAUCAUCACCAGCUAUUCACCCCAGUUUGAGAACGUCGAUGGGAGCGGGUAUGGGGUGAAGCUGGAGACUACGUGCAUGGUGCCUUAUACAAUGCUCUCUAUGGUGCCUUGGCGCGGUGGUCUGGAAGCCAAACUCCAGAUGGCCAAAUAUCGCCACAUGAAUGGAUGGAUCUCGAUAACCCGAGACCGCGACACUGGCAGGGUCUACCCCGACCCAACGACAGGCAGACCUCGGAUCGACUACACUCCCUCCGACUAUGAUCGAGCCCACACGCUCCAAGGGGUAGAGGCUCUGGCCAAGAUCUGCCAUGUCACGGGGGCGACCGAAAUCUGCCCUCUCCUACCAGGCCUUGAGCCCUUCAUCCGCACUGGGGAGCCCCCAUCAGAGCAUGCCAUCGAGGGGAACAGCCCAGUGGCCGACCCCGAGACCAGCGACCCGGCGUUUGCCGCCUGGUUACGUCGAGUCCGCGAGGUCGGCAACAAGCCGCCAGCAGCGCCCUGGUCGUCGGCCCAUCAGAUGGGCACGUGCCGGAUGAGCGCAAGCAAGGACGAUGGCGUAGUGGACGAUAAGGGUCGGGUCUGGGGCACUGAGAACCUGUACGUGGCGGACGGCAGCGUGUUUCCCAGCGCGAGUGGCGUGAAUCCCAUGAUCACCGUCAUGGCCAUUGCGGAUUGGAUAUCCCGCGGGGUGGACGCAGACCUAAGGGCGUGA